AGGAGCAACACUAAAUGGCUGAAUGACCCAGUCCAUUGCCUUACCUCAGCAGGAGGCAAUUUAAAAAAACAGCAAACAAACAAAAAAUUGAAAAUGGUUGGCUGAAAUUUCCAGUUUGGCACGUGAAUUAGAUCGUUUAGUUUUUAUUUUCGUUGGAAUCAACAAGCCACCGUCAAGCUGGGUGCCAAAACGGUGGACAGGUUCCUGAGUUUAGCAGACGAUAAUUUUGUUGAAGAUGUAAAAGACGAUCUAAAAUGUUUUAUAGCCGAAAAAAGAGUUGACAGCGUGCUGGUGUUCCCACCGGUGAGUAACUACCGGCGGUUCCUGAUCCACCGUUGUGUGGAGGAGCUUGGCUGUCCGGAGCUCGCCACAUUCUCCAUCGGGGUGAGCGACGAGCGCAGGACGGUGCUCUGCUUUAGGGAGAAGAUACUUCGGGAUGAAGCUUGUGCUUUGCCGACCAUGGGAUUGACGCAGAACGAACGAGAAGAUGCCAACAUAUCACACUCGGACGCAGCGGUGGGGUGCAAGCCGGCGCGCGCGCAGCCUCAAGGAAAGAUCAGAUCUGGUCCAACGAAGCCUCGUCGCCCCGACCGCGCCGUAUACGUCCCCCGCGCGCUCCGCACCGCCGACAGCUCCGAGGACAAACCGGACCCCAAGCGACCGCCACCAAAAGCCUCCAAGUCGCCCACCAAAGACAAGUCCCAGCCCACCACCCCCCGGCGGUCCAUCGACAAGACCUACUGCAACGUCUACACCCCCCCGCACCUCCGGAAUACCAGGCCCACGGCACCCAGCAUAGACCCACCAGCGCCGACCGACUCCGUGCCUUCAGUCUGCCAAGUGCCAAAUAGUGAUAGUGCAAUAUCGUUCAGUGAUAAUAGUUAUAACGAGAUAGACGAUAGUAGUUUUUAUAUAGGAGAUUAUUUCGCCAACGGACAACUCGGGCUGUACGCGCCCGACUAUUAUAACGAUUUCGUCAGAUAUCCGACCGAAGAUAACGACUGGAGGACUAAUGAGUCCGAUGUAAACAUGGCCGUACCUGAAACAAACCAGAGCAAUAUUAUAGAGAAUGGUUAUUUAUAUGAUAAAGACGAGGAUGUCGAAGAGAAAGAGUUGAAGCGAGCUUCUCUAGAAAUUAAUAGAAGCAACAAAAGAAUUAUCAAACAGAGCUUCGAUUCAGAUGUUCUAGUUAUAUCUGACCCGGCCGAGGCAGAAUGCGAGAAGGAACAAACUGCGCCCGAAGCGAUUAACGAGGAGGAGAAAAAGGAACCCGAACCUAAGAAGCUAAAACCACAACUAGAAGCUAAAGUCUCAUUAAAGCGAGAGGAAAACGAUUGGGAUGCCGUGUUUGACGACAGCGGAGAAUGCCUCGACCCGUCACUACUAGAAGAACUCACCUCCACUGUGGGAAAGGUUCACAUAAGCAAGGCAAAGAACAGUUACGAACAGUACCAGACCAGAGGCCAAGCUUUAUUCAACGGUCCGUACGACGAGACCUUUGGUCACGUGGUGGAAGUGUAUGACUUUCCUAGUGAGUUUAAGACGAACGACUUGUUCUCGGUGUUCAGUGAAUACAAGGACACCGGUUUCGAGAUCAAGUGGGUGGACGACACGCACGCGUUGAUUGUCUUCAGCAGCGCCAAAAUUGCUGCGGAGGUGCUCCGAACGCAAAGGCAGCUAGUCCGAUGUCGGCCGCUGCAGGAGGCCACGCUCGAGUCUCGCAACAAGGCCAAGAAGUGCGCCGAGUUUCUGCAGCCCUACAGACAACGUCCAGAAACGUGUACGGCUCUGGCGCGGCGGCUGGUGUCGGGCGCGCUGGGCGUCAAGCUCAGCACCGCGCGCCAGGAGCGCGCCGAGGAGCGCCGCCUCAUCACCCGAGCCAGAGAGAAGAAGCGCCAGGCCGCGCUGCACAAGGAGGCGGCGUGGGACGGCUCGCUCGCCAACACGUCCGUCGCCGACGCCUGAGAUGGCGAGCGGCCCCAGAAUCCGAACACUUCCUCUACAUAGAAGACGAGCUCUCAAUUAGGAAAAUUCUUUCUACCGUUACUAGUAUAUAGACAUAGAUAUUUUUUUAAAACGAUGUUAGAGAUUAUAGCCACGCUCAAGAGGUUUUAGCCUUAAUCUAUGUGUCAUAAGGUGUAUUGUCGCGUAAUGUUUCUUCUAUCUCAAUGUCGUGAGCUUCCAAUGUGACUUAGCGUAGUUUUUUUUUGUUAUUUAUGUAUACUUUGCAAGCUGUUGUGACUGUAUUGUUGUUGUCCCUUUAAUAUUUAAUUUACGUUUAACCCUCAGAAUGUCACGCCUAUCGUGUGCGACGCAUCAUUAUGAACCUUGUUGGAAUGCAAUAAGGUUCAUAUUGGGCUAUGGCCGCGCACGUGACUUGACGUCUUCGGCGGUCAAAGUUUUAAGACGAUUUAAAUAACGAUGCCAUGUGCGAACAACAUCAUCAGACAUAGAAGUUUUUGUGGCAAAAAAGAGUCCUUGAGAAGAUGAAAUACCGACGAAUAAUAAUAUCGAUAAAUCAGUCUUAGAUUAAUAAUUAAAAUAUUUAAUUGUACUUGCUGUAAUUUACCGGGAAUUUUCAAGAAUGUAAAACAAUUACAAUUCCGACCAUAAUUUCUUUAUUACAUAUAUUAAGCGUAAACUGUAGAAUACAGUGUCAAAAAAUAAGAAAACUACCAAUGGGUGUAUCAAAGAAGAUAUCGAACAUGUUGUGUAUUUCGCGGUAGCUAUCUUUUUAUACAAUGUUAAAAAUAUCUAUAACGCUAUGUUAACAUCGAUGAUAGACAUGUCGAUAUUUCAAUUUAUUCAACAUUCUAUGUCAUGUUCAUUACAAAAGAUGUUAGUAACAGGUAGUUGGUACAUGACACCCUGAUAGGGCACAAAAUGUUAACAGGUAUAUGAUUUUUUCACAAAAACUUCCAUGUCUGAACAUCAUAUUAACUUCUACAGGUAUCAUUCUUGACCUAAAAAUAAAAUGUGUUUUACAAGUUGGACACUGAAUAUUUCAGCUUUAACUUCUUAUAGCCUAUCGAUAUAUAACGAAAAAUUUGUCGAAACAAACAAAUCUCAAUACAAAACCAGCUUUAUUCUCGUGGAGGGAUAUCAUGCAAUAACAUCAAUGUUUCUACCUUAUACAACUAUUUUAUAUUGUAUAGUAUUGUUUACGCCAAAUAUUAGUAUCUAUUAAGUUUAUUAGCAUAAUAACUCUUUUAGAAUUAACGUAAUUAGGAUUCAUUUUAUUGGUUCAUCGGCCAUUUCACUUGGAUAGAUGAAAUUAAAAAGGACAUUAAUUUUUCUCGAAUAGAAUUUUAUAAUACCAUUUUGCGUUUUUUUUUGCGUGUGUAGAAUUAAGUACGUUGCUUCUAUUGAUCUGUCAAUAACAUUUACAGUACAUAUGGGGCUACUUUAUAGCACUAGUGCGAGAAGUAGCAUAUUAUGUUACUGUGUCGAACAUUUAAAGGGCCAUAUGUACUGUAAAACGUUGUACGAUACAUGUGCGAAUAGGUAAUUCGCAACUCGUGUCGAUUUAAAACACUCCCUUCGGUCGUGUUUUAAUUUAUCGCCACUCGUUUCGAAUUUCCUAUUUUUCGCACUUGUAUCGUAAUGUACUAUUUUAUGUUUUGUCAUCUAUGCCAAAAAAAUAAUAAUAAUAAAUGAUGAAUUUAUAUAACAAAUUAAUGACAAUAUUAUGUUAAAAAAAGUUGUAACUCGAUUCGUGGCAAUACUAUGAAUUGAUAUAAGAGCGUAAUACAUAGCAGCAAUGACACAUUGAUUGAGUAAGAUGCGUAAAAUCUGAGACAAUUUCGUGCUUAGAAUUUGACAGGUAAACCAGAUAGCGCUGUACAGCUCCAUACAUUUUGCGGUAACUCUGACUGUCAAAAAUUAACGUGUGACAAUUUAGUGACCGCAAAACAUAUGACGCAGUACAGCGCCAUCUGUUUUGGAUGUCAAACUAAGGGGCACGUUUUUCUCUUAGACUAUCUCUCUAUUAUAAUCAAUUUACUUUGAUAACGACAUUAUAAUGUUUUAAAGGUGUAUCAAUUAUGACGUACUUAUAACUACCACACAAUUGUAUGUUUAGUAAAUACCAUAAAAUUAGGAAUUUCAGAGUUUGCCAAUUCCAUGACAACAAGUAACAGAAAAACGUAAAUACACCCUUUUAUUUUGUCGCCUGCUCGUGAAAUGGUCCGUGAACCUUUCGAUGUUUUGUUGUGAGUUUCGUGCCUUUCGUGUCUAGUCUGGUUGUAUGUGAAGAAGGCAACAAACCUCUUGGCGUUCAAUUUAUAGAGAUAUUAGAGAAUAUUUGUAAAAACUACAAUUAUUUUAGUGGAAUAACGAAUAAAAAUUGCGUUCAGUUCUAAUGAAGAUGAGUCCGAGAUUUGCUUAACACAUUCGGGAAUGCGCUCGGCGGGUUCUCUGUUCGUAGUCGCUUUCCUCUACAAAGCGAGAUAACGCUGGGAUCGGCUACAAGCGUAGCGGUAUGAAAACGUUGGCAGUAAAUGUGUUAAAGUCGCAAGGGCAGCAAAUUACCUUGUAGAGAUGCUCAAGGAAUAAAACGAUAAAUUGCUCUCGAUUAUCAAUUAGAGUUGUUCCCGAAUUCUCAUAUAAUUAGUUCUAGCUAGAUCGUGUAGAUGUGCUAUACGCGUGCGCCCGUGAGGGACAGAACAUACGCAAUGCGACAAAAUUAAAAACACGUUUUAAUAUUCCUGACAACUUACCAAAAAUAAUCUACGUAAUUUGGUCGGGUUAUUUGUUGCCCACCAUAAACGAUACUAAGAUGGCAAAUAAAUGGAGACUGCCAAGGACACACAAUAAUAGCGCUUUCUCUGCUACUCAUACUGAAAGAUACAUAAGACUAUCCCGUUCGGUCAUUUCCCCUACCACUCAUGCCUGAUCCUGUUAUACUGGAUUCAUUAUGUAGGUUAAAUAGAAGACUCAAAUAUCGAGCGGAGUAAAAGCAAUAAGAAAUAGUUCUGCUUGAACAAAGAUAGUUUACUCACAUUUGUGUCUUUGAAUUGAGAAAUAAUUCGUUAUUCUACUAUAAAUAAUAAAUUAGUCAUAUCGUAGUUAUGUAAAAGUUGAGCGUGAGUUACGAUUGAUCAAUGUCUCCUUUUAAAAUAUAAUAAGCUGGUAGAACGGCCGUCGGUAAAAAUAUAUAUUUUUACAUCCGUACUCUUGUUUUUAUGACAAACUCAUUGUUAGACUUAGACUAAAUGUUGUAUGGAUCGGAUCUCCCUUUCAUUCGGUAAGAGGUCCGACAGAGACAAAAGAUCCCCACAUCUUAUAAUAUAUACUAAUACACAAAUCUCAGGUCCAAGCCCCAGUCGGUAUAAUACGACUUUAAAAUGUUGUGAAUAUUAUGAUCUCCUAGUUUUUUCGAUAAUAUUCCGAUUUGAUACUGUUUACUGUCACAAUUAUUAAAACAAAAAUGGUUACCAGCAUUAACGACCAAAGAUCUGAUAAUGGAUUGACCAUGAAAUUUAAAUAUUGCAUAAUUUAUCCAAAUACGGAAUGAUUGAUUUUUUAUUGACUUCGUCUGAAAUGACCUCAAAUAUGCAUGUUAAUAUACUUAUACACUGUAUAGAGAUUAUAUGUACUUAUGUGCCAUUUUCAACCAAAAGGGUUUGUUGUCAAUAACGCGCUAUUUCCAUAUAACUUCAAGUUGAAAUCAACCUUAUCAACAACCUUUUGGUUGAAAACUUCACAUAUAUGGUAAAAGUGCUCGUGAUUCACUUAAUCCUUGAGCAAAGAUCCAUUGAUUGUAUAAUGCCUUGAUCACAUCUAUUCCGGUAGCAUUCCAGUCCAGUGAUCGAAUCCAGCACUGGAAUGUUACUGGAAUAAUGUAACUGGAAUAUACUAAUUCCAGUGAACAUUCCAGUCCAUUGACUGGAUUUACGCUCUACUUUUUGAUUCCAGCUCGCCCAAUCCAGCGUGACUGGAAUAGUGUAGACGGCAAAUUUAAUGCAAUUAACCAUUACUAGACAUUUACCAAUAUAAAUUGAACCGUACACUGUAACCGUCCGUUACGGUUUAAGGUUCAAUUUAUAAUGGUUAUUUGCAAUUAACGUUCGGCUACCAUUGGUAGACAGACAAUCCAUGCUGGUUCCAUUUUUAUCACUUGUAACUAUGUCCAUCACUUUCGCACUUACAUACUUGUUAGAACGUGACAGGCAUGGUGACAAAUGAUAAAGAGCCGACCAAGCCCUACAGUGCUGGAUUUAACGUUAAAUAGUGAACACGUAUUUUUUUGGUAACAGUCUAUAAAUUCACUGGAUGAUGAAAAUGACUGGAAUUAAUGUAAACGAUACGAUCCAGUCCAGCACUAGUUUCGGGCACUGGACUGGAAUGCUACUGGAAUAGAUGUGAACGGGGCAUAAGGGCCACCUUUUUCGUCUUUUGAGCGUCGGCGUCUAGUCAGCGCUUUAGAAAAUAGUGUUACUGUGCAGUUGCGCCAACGUUGCAUCGUACAGCAGCCAUAGAGUUGACUAGACAUGAUGCUUGGGAGACGUGUAAGGUCUAAGAAAAAAUCGUGCCCUGAGUUUGAUAUCAGAAGAACAGCGCCAUCAUGUAUUGAGGUGAUUUGUUGAACAUCAACUUUUCGAAACCAUAGUUGCCGCAUAAUGUAUGAAGCCACACAGCGCCAUCUACAAUAGUUGUCUAGAACAAAACUGUCUUAAAGUUUUUAGAUGUAUAACAAUCAAUGAAUUUUUGGCGAAGGUAUAUUCAAUGAGAAUUUCAGAUAGAGGUGUAUUGUCAAAGAAAACUUUGUAGCCACGUAAAUUUACUGCCAUCUUUCGACACAUGAUUAAAACUUUUAGAACGCCAUUUGACUUUGAUCCUUAUUAUUUCACUGAUAUGUGUUAAAUUUUAUAAAUAUCAAAAAGUGGCGCCAUCUUACCGGGCGUCGGCUAAAGGUUAUGGCGCCAUCGCUCGAAACGAUGUGGCCAUACAAUAAGGAUCAAAGUCAAAUGGCGUUCUAAAAGCUUUAAUAAUGUGUCGAAAGAUGGCAGUAAAUUUACUGUGGUUACAAAGUUUAUUUUUGUAAAUCCACCUCUAUUUCAAAUUCUCUUUGACAUAUUCCAUAUUGCCUACUAGCGCUUUUACAAAUGUAUUGUAGUCUCAAUAAAAUGUGACGUUUUGAACCAAAAGGGUAUUGUCGGUUGUCAAUAAGGCGCUGUUUGCAUUAAGCUUCAGUUUGAAAUCACCCUUAUCAACAACUGACAAUGUGCCUUUUAGUUGAAAACGUCACAAAUGUAUGCUUUCUUAAACAAAUUAAAACAAAUAAUUUAUUUAAUUUUCUGCAACAAGGCAGCGUUUUUUAUAUAAUGAAAUUCAUCAUAAUGUAAUAGUACAUGUUCACACUCGAUAGAAAAUGUCCGUAGGGUCAAGGCGGGAACAGUGGCUCAAAGCAAACGGUGGUUCAGUCGCCCAAAUAUCGCGCUAUACACUGUGCCCUUACGUGUUAGAAUAACCAAUUGCUCGUCCAUUCAAAUUUGUUCGAUGACUGGUUUCUGUAGUAUUAACAGGGAAAUAAAGAGCCUCUCUCAUGUUGGAAUUAGGUUGAGUAAAUACUCUACUCGGCUAUUUUUUUCCUUGUCACUGUUCCCUGCUUGACCCUACGCGUACGAAAUAACUUUUAUUACUAAGACGAGAAUCCUCAUUUUAAUAUGUUUUUGUUUUGACAUUAAUAACACUUGAACAAUGUGCAAUAUAAAUAACAUUUUAUUUCUUAACCAGCCGUCCGUUUCGUUAUUCUUGUAUAGAUCGUGUCAUUCACGAAGACGCGGGCCUUGACUCGUAAAGUAAUGUUAUUAAGGGUUAUAUUUGUAAAAUCUGCGCGUCUUCUUGGAUGACACGAACUAUAUUUACAUUCUUUUAAGAUUAUAGUAUGUGUUAGCAUUCCACGGAAACACUGAGAAAGUCUCUCAGGCUUUAAUGAUUUCUUUAGAAUGUGUUUAGAUAAAUAUCAUGAACCUUUCAAUGAUUUUGAACUUUAAAGCAAAGUGAUAGGGUUCAAUCUAGUUCACCCGUUGAAGAGAUAAAUUCACUUACUAGUGAAACUAAGACAUAGAUACUGCAUUUUAUGUUUAAACCCUUUUAUUUACUAAGAAAAGAAAAAAAUGAGGACAAGUGCGAGUCGGACUGGCCCACAAAGGGUUCCGUACUUUUUAGUGUUUGUUGUUAUAGCGACAACAGAAAUACAUCUGUGAAAAUUUCAACUGUCUAUCACGGUUCAUGAGAUACAGCCUGGUGACAGACGGACAGCGGAGUCUUAGUAAUUGGGUCCCGUUUUAUUACCCCUUGGAUACGGAACCCUAAAAACGAGAUUUGGUAUUUUGGUGCCAAUCCAAACUAUACUUGCUUAUUUUAUGAUCGCUUACCAUCAGGCGAUUCGUCUGCACCUAUAGGGAGCGUGCAUGAACUGUAGGAGGCAGCACAGGAGCCGUCAGAUUUUUGGCGCGAGGCGUAAAUGUGAUGUUUUUUGUUCCGAUGUAGCCCACAAGAUGGCAGAACCUACUAUGCACAAGAAAACACGUGACGUGUACAUGUGCAUGUUUAUAGUUCCGAUUCAGGCCACAAGAUGGCAGACCCUCCAACGCGCACGGUCCCUAUAAACUAAAAAAAACUGUUUCUGUUUAACUAUUCGAAAAACAAUAUAAAUUUGUCUCCUAAGGCCCAACCAUACAAAUAAAAAAUCCAAAAUUUGCCACUGAAAUUUGAAUCUAUAGUGGAGGGAAUAGAGUUGAUUUUUAUUUGUUUGAAUAUUUAACGAAACAAAUAAAUGCAACUGUGUUCCAAUUAAAUAUUUAAAUUACAUGGAACUGAAGCAGUACUUUAGCACAGAUCAUAUAAUACUUUAGGUAGGAUCUUGGGCCUUAGGAGGAUAGUCAUACUAGUUCAACUUCAACAUUUAUUCAGCAAAUAGGCCACAAGGGCACUUUUACACAUCAACAUGGAAUUUACAUACAAACAAUAACAAGCACAUCAACAAUUUAUUGGAAAUAUUAAUGCAAACUACAGUAUUAUUGUUUAAAGAAAAAGUAAGUAAAAUAUUAUAUUAUACAAGAUAAGUUGGCAGCGAUUUUGACAGCCUAGACAGUGCAAGUGUUAUUUUAAACGUCAAACUUAUAUGACGUUAUGACGUUUACUUAACACUUGCACAGGCUGGGCUAUCAAAAUCGCUGCCAAGUUAUCUUGGUCUGACAGUUUUCAUCCAGGACUGUCUCAUAGAUAUAGUAAGUAAGUAAGUAAGUAAAUAUUCUUUAUUGCACCAACAAUUAUACAUUUUACAUACAUGUAAAACUACAAAUGAAUUUUAAAGGAAAAUAGAACCAGGUAACAACAGGCGGUCUUAUCGCUAAAAAGCGAUCUCUUCCAGACAACCUUUAGGUUUUAGGUUUAGGUUCUUUAGGUAUAGAUAAUCAUACUGCCUUUGUCUUACGCUAGUACUUGUACCCAAAAGGAUGAAUAUAAUUUUCUUGGUUCUCACUGACUGACAAGUUGUGUUUGUUACUAUAAUAGUACAAGUGCUAAAAAUCGGAAAUUGGCAAUGAGUGGCAAUAAAUUAAAACACGACCGAAGGGAGUGUUUUAAAUCGACACGAAUUGCGAAUUACCUAUUCGCACGUGUAUCGUACAAAGUUUUACAGUACAUAUGGCCCUUUAAAUUUUCGAAAUAGUUAAGUAAUGUGCUAAUUAUCGCACUAGUGCGGUAAAGUAGCACCAUAUGUACCGUAAUAGUUAUUUACAGUACAUAUGGUUUUAAUUUAUCGCCACUCGUUUUGAAUUUCCUGUUUUUCGCACUUGUAUCGUAAUGUACUAAUUUACGCACUAGUGCGGAAAAGUAGCACCAUAUGUACUGUAAAAAUAAUAAGUAAACUGAGAGCCAAGCUUGCACUGUUUCCGUGGAGCUUCCUACCUAAGUGUAAGGCCUGAGUGGACGCUCGAAGCGGAGCGUGCAGCGUGGCGUCAGGCUCACAAGGGAUUUGAGCAGCGUGCACUGCGGCCGCUCCUAUACGUUUGCAUUUGUUUAACUUGCACGCCGCACGCCCCGCCCCGCUGCACGCCCAACUCCAGCGUCCACUCAGGACUACUUACUGUAUUACAGAUGUAGGUACCGAUGAAGCCUUACUAACCCCCUGAAACACGUAAAAUACAAAUGGAGCUAUUUAUGGUACAUCGAUAUGCGAUCUGUGCGUACAAAGGCAGAAAACGAUAUUUUUGUAAUAACGAAAUGUUAUUCUCAAAUGAUAUUAUUAUUACGUAUAAUAAAAUAUUGUCUGAUUGACCAA